UCGUUCGAACCACAGAAGACCAGCACAGAAAACGAUCAUGAAAUCGCCAUGAGAUUCAACCUCAUCAUCCCCUCCUCCCUCCUCCUCCUCCUCGUAGCCUCAGCCUCCGCAGCGCUCGGCGAACCAGGCCUCUGCCCCGACCGGAUGGCCACUCUCGGCGGAGUUCACGAGUCGUGCGGGGCCGAGAACAGCGUCGAGGUCGAGAGCCUCGGCCGUUUCGCCGUCGACGAGCACAACAGCAAGGAGAAUGGACUCCUCGAGUUCGCGAGGGUGGUGAAGGCGCAUGAACAGGUGGUCGCCGGUACCUUGCACCAUCUUACGAUCGAGGCCGUGGAUGCAGGUAAAAAGAAGCUCUACGAAGCGAAGAUCUGGGUGAGGCCGUGGAUGAACUCUAAAGAGCUGCAGGAAUUCAAGCAUGCUGGUGAUGUGCCCGCCUUCACAUCCUCGGACCUUGGUGCUAGGAUAGGUGGGCAUUGUCCUGGUUGGCAAGAAGUGCCGGUUCAUGAUCCCGAAGUCCAGGAUGCAGCAGAUCACGCCGUGAAGACUAUUCAGCAGAGGUCCAAUUCCUUGUUCCCAUAUGAACUCCAUGAGAUUGUUCAUGCAAAAGCUGAGGUAGCAGAGAACUUGGCCAAAUUCGACAUGCUUCUCAAGGUCAAGAGAGGCGACAAAGAAGAGAAGUUUAAAGUUGAAGUGCACAAGAGCCAUGAGGGAAUCCUAAAGCUAAAUCAGAUGGUGCCUGAGCAAUCCUGAACUGUGAUGAUGUACAUCACUUUGGUUUCCGAAUAUGAACCCCUCUCUGCAUAAACUUUCUUUUGUGUCUUUGUAUGUUCUGAGUUUUCUUGUGAACUGAAGAAAAGCUGACGUGUAGUCUCUUGUGACUAAUAAACACUAGCUCGUUUUCACUCGUAGUGCUCUCUUGUUUAGUUGUGUUCGUGUCCUCUAUAUAUAAUAUAUAACGAGUUGUGAAAA